GAUCUGAAAAUUUUUUCUUCCAUUUUUCUCUUUUUACUGGUAGCAAGAAGAAAAAUCCAAUAAUGGCUUUACACUAUUAACCAGGGCGGUGCGCAGGCUAAACAAGAUUUUUGUACGUUACUAACGUGAGCUAGGUUUCUGCUGCUUUGGUGUAGGAAUAAUAUCCGUAUAUAAAUAAAUCACAAAAAAAAAAAGAAAACCAAAAAUAAAAAUAAAAUCUCCUAUGUUGUUUUUGUUGGUGGCGGAGGUAUAAAGAAUGGAGGAGGUUCAGAGAAUCGCCGAAAGUGAAAAGCGGUGGUAGAGUCUGUUUCAGAGACAGAGAAGGAAAGGUUUUAGGGUUCGAGUAGGAAACUGGGAGAUGCGCCGAGAGACAAGAGAGGUAUUAGAAGUUUUAGGUAUUCAACAAAUUAAUAAUAAAAAGAAGAAAGAAGACGGUGUUCAAUUCUUGAAUAGCAAUAGCAAUAUGAAUCAUAAAGAUCAAAAACAUGAAAAUCAUUAUCAAGAAUUAAAAAGAGAUGAGGAGGAGAUUACAACAAUUCUUACAUUGCCGACGAUCUUGACGCUUGGCCGUGUUGCUGCUGUUCCUCUUCUUGUUAGUACUUUCUACAUGAAUGGAUAUUGGGCAACAACGGCUACAACAAGUAUAUUUAUUGUUGCAGCAAUUACAGAUUGGCUUGAUGGAUAUAUUGCUAGAAAGAUGCGGUUAGGCACAGCAUUUGGUGCAUUCCUGGAUCCUGUUGCUGAUAAGCUUAUGGUUGCUGCUACAUUGGUGUUAUUGUGUACUGGGACUCUGGAAGUGGCUGUGUUUGGUGAAGUGCCAUGGUUACUGCCUGUACCUUCUGUUGCUAUUAUUGGUAGAGAGAUAACAAUGUCAGCAGUGAGAGAAUGGGCCGCAUCUCAGAAUAGUAAAGUUGGCAAGGCUGUUGCUGUCAAUAGCUUGGGAAAGUGGAAAACUGCCAGCCAAAUGACUGCACUAACUAUCCUCUUGGCUGCUCGAGACCGCAGUCUUGCAGGACCAGGGAUUCUUGUUAUGUUGGGUGUGAGUUUGUUAUAUAUCUCAGCUGGACUUGCUCUAUGGUCAUUAUUUGUCUACGUGAAGAACAUAUGGAGAACAUUGGUGAAGUAAUAAAUAUUAGAGAGGUGACUUCUCUGUCACACUUUGAGUUUGGCUUGGAUUAGUCAGCUUACACAUUUAAAGAACAGAAGGAAAUGCAUUUCCAUUUCCUGUAUUGUUUCUUAUCAGAAUUAGAGAGAGACCCCUUUAGGUGAUCCAUCCCCGUUUUGAGGAGGAUGUGUGGGGUUUCUGCAGAUAAGUUGCUGCUGAAUGAGAAGAAAUGUUUUAGAGAUACAUUAGGGUUGAGAUUUGCUUGAUAGAAAUGUAUACAUUACUUACUAAAUUAAUGUAAAAUUAUCUAGACAGAAUUUAUUUAGACAAGAGUAUAUUUUUGGCUGUUAA